CAAACAAUGAUUAGAAUGGAAACAUUGUGUAAAUUUUUUAUCUUUUUGAUAUCUAUCAGCAGUAAGAUAAUUAAAGCUUUUCUGUGCAAAAUGGCAUCUCCUACCGGACAAGGAAAAAUUCUCUCUGGGACACAAAUUUCCAAGGAAAUUAACGAACAACUGAAAAAUGUUGUAAACGAAAUUAAAACAAGGUUACCAAAUUUUCAACCAGGCUUAGCUAUUGUUCAAGUAGGAGAUAGAGAAGACUCAAAUGUAUAUAUUCGCAUGAAAAUACAGUCUGCUUCAAAUAUAGGAAUCAAGGCUCAACAUAUCAAAUUGCCAAGAAGCAUAACAGAAUUAGAAGUAUUAAACAAAAUAGAAGAGUUAAACAAUGAUCCAAAUAUUCACGGUAUCAUCGUGCAGAUGCCAUUAGAAUCUGACAAUAAAAUUAAUUCCAAUUUAGUUACUGAUACAGUAUCGCCCGACAAGGAUGUCGACGGUUUAAACACCAUCAAUGAAGGAAGAACAGCAAUUGGAGAACUGACUUCUUUCCUCCCAUGUACGCCUAACGGUGUAAUUGAACUGAUUAAGAGAAGUGGCCUACCUAUUGCAGGAGCUAAUGCUGUUGUUCUAGGAAGAAGUAAAAUUCUUGGAACCCCAUCAGCUGAAUUACUCAAGUGGAAUCACGCCACCGUCACUGUGUGCCAUUCGAAAACCAGAGAUUUACCAGCAGUGUGCAGACAAGCUGACAUUCUAGUCGUAGGAAUAGGUCAACCAGAGCUAGUCAAAGGAAGUUGGGUGAAACCAGGAGCAGUUGUUAUUGACUGUGGAAUCAACGCUAUUCCUGAUCCUACCAAAAAGAGCGGCCAAAGACUCGUAGGUGAUGUAGAUUAUGCAGAAGCUAGUAAGGUAGCGUCUUACAUUACCCCAGUACCAGGAGGUGUAGGACCGAUGACGGUUGCCAUGUUGAUGAAGAACACUGUACAAAGUGCUCAAAAAGCUGCAGAGAAAUUGCUGAAUCGCUCAUGGAACUUAACACCAUUGCCUUUAAAGUUGCAGGCUCCUGUACCAAGCGAUAUCCGUAUAGCGAGAGCACAAGUUCCAAAGAACAUUACACAUUUGGCAGAAGAAAUAGGUGUAUUCCCUAAUGAACUUUCCCAAUAUGGACCUAAGAAAGCUAAAGUUUCGAUAUCCGUGUUGGAAAGACUAAAGGAUCAGAAAAAUGGAAAAUAUGUAGUUGUAGCAGGAAUGACUCCAACACCUCUGGGAGAAGGUAAAAGUACAACUCUUUUGGGAUUGGUGCAAGCUUUGUCAACACAUUUGAAAAAGAAUACAUUUGCUACAAUGAGGCAACCUUCUCAAGGUCCAACAUUUGGUAUUAAAGGAGGUGCUGCUGGUGGAGGAUAUUCUCAAGUCAUUCCCAUGGAAGAUGUCAAUCUUCAUCUCACAGGAGAUAUCCAUGCUAUUACAGCUGCAAAUAACCUUUUGGCAGCUCAACUUGAUGCUAGGAUUUUCCAUGAAGCAACUCAAAAAGAUGCAGCUCUAUAUGAUCGUCUUGUUCCUAAAAUAAAGGGUGCAAGAACAUUCUCAAAGAUUCAACUUAGACGCCUUAAACGAUUAGGUAUAAACAAAACGGAUCCCGAAAGUCUUACACCAGAAGAGAGAACUAAGUUUGCCAGGUUGAACAUUGACACCAACAAUAUUGUUUGGAAUAGAGUUUUGGAUAUCAACGACAGAUUCCUCCGAGAAAUCACUAUUGGUGAAUCUCCAACCGAAAAAGGUAUGACCAGAAAGGAAGGCUUCCAAAUCAGUGUUGCAAGUGAAAUUAUGGCCAUUCUUGCUUUAGCAAGAGACAUGGCUGACUUCAAAGAAAGAUUAGCAAACAUGGUGGUAGCGUUCGACAAAAAUGGUAAACCUGUCACAGCCGAUGAUUUGGGAGCCACUGGGGCUUUAUUGGUAUUGCUGAAAGAUACCAUAGAACCAACUCUAUUGCAGAGUUUGGAGGGAUCACCGGUAUUCAUGCACGCUGGACCUUUUGCUAAUAUUGCCCAUGGUUCUAACUCAAUUAUUGCUGAUAAAGUUGCUCUUAAAUUAGUUGGAGAGGAUGGUAUUGUAGUUACCGAAGCAGGAUUUUCAUCUGACGUUGGUAUGGAAAAGUUCUUUAAUAUCAAAUGCAGAGCAUCCGGAGAUGUUCCAAACGCUGUCGUACUUGUUUCAACCAUAAGAGCCUUGAAAAUGCAUGGAGGUGGUCCUGCAGUCACACCAGGAGCACCUUUGGCGCCGCAGUAUACUGAAGAAAAUUUGGACUUGCUUCGUAAAGGACUUCCUAAUAUUCUCAAACACGUAAGCAACGCGGUGAAAUAUGGAAUCCCAGCGGUUGUUGCAAUUAAUCAUCGCGAAACCGACACUGAAGCUGAACUGGAACUCUUGAGACAGGCAUGCAAAAACUCUGGUGCAUUCGACGCAGUAGUUUCAAAACACUGGUCACAAGGUGGUCAAGGUGCUAUCGAUUUGGCUAAAGCUGUCGUGGCAGCUACUUCUCAACCCAGUAACUUCAAAUUUUUGUAUCAACUUAACCGACCAAUUAAAGAAAAGAUUGAAAUUAUCAGCAGAGAAAUGUACGGCGCUGCAGGUGUGUCCUAUAGUGAAAUCGCAGAAAAGAAAAUAAAGCAGUACGAGGAACAGGGAUAUGGAAACCUUCCAAUAUGCAUGGCCAAAACUCCGCUAUCUUUAACGGCAGAUCCUUCAAUUAAGGGAGCACCAUCUGGUUUCGUCAUUCCUGUGAGAGACAUGUCCAUAUCUGUAGGAGCACAAUUCAUAAUUCCAUUUACUGGAGAAAUUACCCGAAUGCCUGGAUUGCCAACAAGACCAGCCAUUUACGACAUAGAUCUAAACAUUGAAACUGGAGAAAUUGAAGGACUCUUCUAGUAGCAUUAUUCAAUGUGAAUUCCUCUUCUACAUAUUAUUAUGUAAUACCUAUUGAAAAUUAAGUGAAAGCGUAAUACAUUGUUUUGACCAGAUUUUUAAAAAAUUCAAAUAUUUUUUUUUAUAUUUUAAAAAAAUGUUUUACAUAUUCUUAAGAAGUAUCUCGCAUUAGGUUUUAAAAUUUUGUAUAUUAUAAUUAAUAUGUAUAUAAAUAAUUUUUAAUAAACCGAUCUAUCCAUUUA